AUGGCCACGAUUCUCCCGCCGCCGUCCAAGCGGCAGCGCCGUGAGGCCCUCGAGCGCACCCAGCUGCAAGCCGAUGUGACGCCCGCACCCAUCGAAGCCGGGUCUUUCAAGGCGCGCUUCGUCGAUAGCGACUCGAACCAGCUUGCCGAGGUCGUCGAGAUCCCCCUGGCCGAUGCCAAUGAGAAGAAUAUCUCGAUCCUGCUCAACACCCUUCUCGGCCAUGACCGCGAAGACUUCACGCCCUACCGCUUCCGCAUACACAUUCCCUCCUCCGACGUCGUGAUAGACACCUACCCCUCCCCUCAAGAGUUUCUUGCCGUGCUCCGCAGCCAUGGCAUCACGAACCCCUUCGAGACCACCCUCACUCUCUCCGCUGAGCCGCAGGCUGUCUUCAAGGUCCAAGCUGUCACGCGCAUGGCGAACAAGAUCCCAGGUCAUGGGGAGGCCAUCCUAGCUGCACAGUUCUCGCCCAAGAACAGCAGCCGGCUUGCGACAGGCUCCGGCGACAACACGGCGCGGGUUUGGGACUGUGAUACGGGAACCCCAAAACACACACUGAGCGGGCACACGGGGUGGGUUUUGGCCGUGGCAUGGAGCCCGGAUGCCAGCAGACUGGCGACAGGGAGCAUGGAUAAGUCCGUGAGAAUAUGGGACCCAGAGACCGGCAAAGCGGUCGGCAAGCCCUUCUCGGGCCAUUCCAAAUGGGUAAACAGUAUCGCCUGGGAGCCCUAUCAUCAGUGGAGAGACGGCACACCCAGGCUCGCGAGCGCAAGCAAGGACGCGACGGUGAGGAUCUGGCUCGUCAACUCUGGGCGCAUUGAACAUGUCUUAUCAGGGCACAAAAGUAAUGUUUCGUGUGUACGGUGGGGUGGCAAAGGCUUCAUCUAUACAUCAUCUCACGACAAGACGGUCAAGGUGUGGAAUGCCGUCGAUGGCACGCUGAAGCAUACAUUUGCUGCCCAUGCUCAUUGGGUGAACCAUCUGGCCUUGUCUACGGACUUUGUGUUGAGGACAGCAUUCUUCGACCACACCAAAGACAUCCCCAAGACGGACGAGGAAAAACGGGAAAAGGCCAAGGGACGAUUCGAAAAAGCGGCUACCAGGCAGGGCAAACUAGUCGAGCGCCUGAUCUCCGCCAGUGAUGACUUUACCAUGUAUCUCUGGGAUCCAGAUGAGGGCACAAAACCUGUGGCUCGGUUACACGGUCACCAAAAGCAAGUCAACCACGUCACUUUCUCCCCCGAUGGUGCCUUGAUCGCGAGCUCAGGCUUUGACAACCACACCAAGAUCUGGAGUGCCCGGGACGGUAAAUUCAUCAACACCCUAAGAGGUCAUGUGGCCCCUGUGUACCAGUGUGCGUUUUCAGCCGACUCGCGCCUUCUCGUCACAGCAUCCAAGGAUACGACGCUAAAGAUCUGGAAUAUGCAAACAUGCAAACUCGCGGUAGACCUUCCAGGUCACCAAGAUGAAGUCUAUGCAGUUGACUGGAGCCCUGACGGCAAACGGGUGGGAAGCGGAGGCAAGGACAAGGCAGUUCGGUUAUGGUGCAACUAG